CUUGAAGUGAAGUAAGUGUUUUAGACUACAAGUGGUCGUAGAAGCCACGAUGGGCGAGGCGCAAAUGGUGGGCGUCGACGAUCAAUGGCAAUGGCAUAAAGAACGGUGGAAGCAAGAACAAAAACCAGUCCAUGAAGCAGUUCCAAGAGCAAUGGCAUUCAAAUAAUUUGUAAGCGUCAGAAGAAUGAUGAUGGUGGAAAAGAAUUUUCUUAGCCACCUGGUAUCAGCGUCGGCUUGGUUAUUGAACAGUUGAGCUAGUUCUCACUUGACCGACGCUCUUGGAGUCUUCAUUUGUCAUCGUCAGCUCAAUCGUUCUAUCCUAUUACUAUCUCCCAGCUGUCUGUGUUGUAGCCCUUUGUUUUUGGGUGAAAGAGAUCAGACGUGUGAAAAGGGUUGACGUGUAAUACGUUCUGUUGCUGGAUAGAAUGUUGGUGUCUUGCUCAGCAUUGGCGGCACAUGCUUUGACUGUCAAUUUAGUAAAGUUUCAGUAGUGCUGUUGGUGAGUGGAGGUGUUGUUGCAACGAUCCCAAAGGCCGGAAACUUAUCCGUGCGGAGCGUAAACCACAUGGCUAUGAAUGUGGUUAAAGUUGCCAGCUCAGCAACCCAAUCCAAACAUGUGCUUCGACACGCAAGCCUCACUCGCAUAUCACAACAACUCGGUGUCCAAGCUGAUAAAUGGUGUUCCAGCGCUUGAACAAACGAGACAUUUACGAUCGCUGUGGAUGGAAAGAUGUCAAUGAGUUCGUGUUAAUAUCGUGAUGGAGCGAGGUGAAAAUGUAUAAGCCUUUUGAUAUUGUCUAUAGUGGUCUCAUGAGUCCAUGAAGACAAAGUCAAAAAUCUGCUUUCACGUUCAUUGAUGAACUCACCGACUUUGCGGUGUUCUUUAAGUGCUUGCGUCAAAUUUCAAGCUUUGCAAUGCAAGGCUCUUGUUGAGACGCAGUAUGGCUUUGAGUCAGAUGCAUCAGGUCCGAUAGCGGUGGCAAGCUCACCAGCAAGACGUUCAACAAAAUCUGUGCCUAGCGUAGUAUUGUGUACCUAACAUCCACUUCCUGCUCUUUACAAUAGAACGGGAUCGCAGAGCGAAUGAAUCGCGCUUCGAGUGUAUCAACGCAUGUAUGUAUUUACUACAUGUAAAUGGAUUCAGAGGGUGGAAAGGUGUGACGAUGGCGAUUGCACGUGUAUUCAUACGCAUUCCCAUUCCCGCUAGGUCGGAUUUAAGUACUCAAGCAAGCUCUUGAUCACGUAGGUUUGGUUGGUUUGAAGGAUCCGUGCACGUCGACUAAAGAUCAAAAUUGAAAGCUAUGGCGCAUUGUUGAAAAUUCCUUGAAAAUACUGGAGGAUUUAAGUCUUCGUGUCUGAGACCAUGAUGAUGACCUCUUGUUGACGACGCGUAGUGUGGCUCUCGAUAAGCGACCCCCUGCUCAGUAUUACCGACGGAAUGGAGAAUGACUUAUGACGACGUGGCGUAGAUGACAAUCCAAGCACACUAAGUCCGCAGGAUCCAGAGUCAUCGGGUAUUGAGAAGUCUCAAGCCCGAGGUGGCAAUGAUGACGAGGAUAUAGAUAUGAGCCACGAUACAUCCUCGUCUGGGGAUGUGCUUGUCACUUCAGUUCUGAACACGCUACAAUUGAAUCGCAACACUGUGGUGUCUGUAUAACGGGACCAAGCUACUGUCUUUCCGAGUUUGGAAACGAAAGCAAUUCCACGUUUUACGUUCCUGUUCAUACUCAUCUUCUCAGCUGAAACGGUCCAGUAGCCUUAUUGUCGUCUUUGACUGUGGGUGUAGAUCGGCAUGUGCUCUGUAACGAGUCAGCACAGCCA